GUUAUGACAGAGCCGAUAGACCUGAGAGCAACGAGUUGGUGCAGGAUGUAGUGAACUUUAUUGAGACUUUGAACAAAAAAGUUUUCGCAUUUUAUUUUCAAGAGCCUUCAGCUGAGCAGAUAACUGGAACCCGGUGCUUGGAAGAAACUUGAUUUUUCUGUCUUUGAUUUUUUUGCAAUACUUGUUUUUUAAGGGGUUGACUGUGUGACAGAGCAGACAGGUAGGACUCUGAUAUGGCUGAGGUGCCUUCACAGACACAGCCGGUCGAGAUAGAUCCGGAAUUUGAGCCUCUUUCCCGCCCGCGGUCGUGCACCUGGCCUCUGCCCCGGCCGGAGCCCACUGACCCGGCCAACUCUAACACGUCCUCCCCGGCGCCGUCUGUGCAGCAGGAGCCGGGAGGAAACUCUGAGUUCAUUGGAAACCUCGGUUUGUUAGAGGAGGACUAUGGAGAGUACGCGGAGCAGAAACCGCCUUUACCCUGCAAUGAUUUUCUGUGUCGAGAGGGAAACUGUUUGCAUCUUCAUCGCCACCAUCCUAACCACCGUCCUCAGCAGCAGCACCCGGGUCCGCAGCUGCCGCUCCAGCAACAGGUGCCUACCCCAGGUGUCCCACCUUUGGGUGGCUCUGGCCAGAGGAAGACGAGCUCUUCACGUCGAAAUGCCUGGGGCAACAUGUCUUAUGCCGACCUGAUUACCAAGGCUAUAGACAGCUCACCUGAGAAGAGGCUGACCCUGUCUCAGAUUUACGACUGGAUGGUGAAGAGUGUGCCUUACUUCAAGGAUAAAGGAGACAGCAACAGCUCUGCAGGCUGGAAGGUAAGUGCAAGUGCUCACGUGAAGGGCUCUGUGUGAGUGCACGAGCUCUAACCAGGGUCAAACCAGGCAAAUUUGAACCCUGUUUCUCUGAACACUGUUCAAAUAAAGCCAACAACACCACACUUUAAGUGGAACAUACUAAUGAAAGAACUUGGAGUCAAAUUAUAUAUUUUACAUUAACAGGCUUUUUUAAAACUGUCUUAUAUACAAUAAGCAGUAGAGCUGUAUCCUUCUUUUGAAUUCUGCUAAUAUUGCACUUUGAUGUGCUCUGCUAGAUGUAAAGGGAUGCACAGAAGCCAGAGGACACACAUGAUUUCAGUCUUCAUCAAAGCUUGACUCAUGCAUCUUUAAAAAAAGUUAAAGAUGCCAAAGCUCAGGAGUUUUCUGACUUUUUUUGUUCCAUAAGCAUGCAAAGUCAAUAGUCCUAUUGCCUUCUUUGUAAGCAACACUGUCACAGUCACUAUCAGACAAAACAUGGCAGGGGUUUGGAGACUUGGUUUCUAUCCUCUAUUUUGUAAAGUCUCUUAGGCAGCAGGAUUUAGUGAGACCACUCAAGUCAGAAUAAGAAUAAGAAGAACUUUAUUAAUCCCUGUCAUCUCAUUUGUCAUGUCUCUAAAAGACAUCUACUAUUUACAGAAGAGUUGUACAGUCUGAUGGCUGUUGGUACAAAAGAUCUUCUGAAUCUUUCUGUCCUUCAGCGAAGAGAGAGGAGCCGUCCACCACCAUUGGCCCUUUAGUCCAUCAAGGUGUUGUGAAGUGGGUGAUCCAUGUUCUUUAGAAUAGUCUCCACCUUUCUCAGUGUAGAUCUCUCAACCACAUCCUCCACUGGGUCCAGCUUGAAUCCAACCACAGAGCCAGCUUUUUUCACCAGUUUGUUGAGACUUCUUGCAUCUUUGUGUUUGAUGCUUCAUCCCCAGCAGACUGCAGCCUAUAACAGAACACUUGCCACUUGUACUUCUUGUAACAAAGCUCUUAUCUAUUCUCUGAUUAGGGAUUUGACAUAUUUAAAUGAAGCUUUUGAAGUUUUAAACUCUUAUUUUUGGCCAAUAUCAAGUGCACAUUCAGUGUGAUAGGCAUUUGUAUCAUGAGAUGGUUGAUAAUGAAAAUCAUACUUUUAUUCAUUCCAGGAGGAGAGACAAAACAUUUUCAAACCAGUAACAAUGAUUGACAGAGUCAGACCUUUUCAAGUUUAAAAAAAAUGUUCAACUCAGUAACCUUUGAUGUGUUGGAGUGGUUUCCUCUGUCAGCAGCAGCAGCAGCAGCACACACCUCCACACUGCUGUGUCAAUGAGGAAGGAGCAGCAGAUCUCACUGUAAACAUCCCAUACAUGUGCCUGAGAACAUUUCACUCUGUGCAGCGGUGAAGUAAAAUAACUAAGAAAAAAGAAAAACAGACACAAAGUAUGAAGAACAGAGGGAGUAAGACAAUUUCAAUUUUUCCUAUGCUUUUUUUUUUCUUAUUUUAGAAUAAAUGUUUAAGAGCAGUCAAUUUGCUAAAUUGUGUUUGCCCAAGGUGAAUAAUAUACACACAUCCAUGAACCAACAUUGGUGGGAACAAUCCAUCCAGUACACCACAACACUUACUGAGUCAUAGUCUGAGUCACAGUAAUGGAAAAUCCAGUACAUUCCUAAAAUUUGAAAGCUUUCCUGCUUUCCUGUCUGGAAAUGUUUUAAAUACAAGGGACAAGUUGUAAAAGCAUUAGCCUAACGCCUGCACAAACAUGUUAAUCCUGUUCUUAAUAUUGUCUCACCGGUCAAGGAAGUUACUCAGCUGUGAUGGAUAGAAAAUAACUUGGGACAAAAGCAGACAAAAAAAAAGCCAAAGCAGAUGCCAAUUAAAAUGUGCAAACUCAAACAAAAUUUGAGUCAAGUUCAUAUUUCAGCUUUGCAGCCCUUCCUGUUACCCCUGCAUUCUCCUGAGAUGAAAUGUAAUUUUGGAGUUAUGUCAGGAAAUGCCUUUGUGAACCUCACUCAAAUAUAGUUUGUAUUGUUUAACACCCUCUUUGUGAGAAGCUUGAUCACAGCUGGCGUUAUGAAAUAUGGCUCCACUAAACCUACCUGUUCAUUUUUUGCUCAGUGUUUCUGCAGCUCUUUAAUAUCACGUCGUCACAUACAGUAUGUACUGUAAUUCCACGCACCGGUGGGAAUAAAGUUGAUACUCAAGUACAUCAUGGAGUAAGUCCCUCGACAAUAACAGGAGGCGACACAAACAACUCAAUCAGUGUUGAGGAGUGUGUCAAAAGGGAAGGGGCUGGGUGAAGGGAACACAGGGAACGACGUCAAACAUCCUCCAUUCCUGAGCUCUACGCUCAUAUCUCUGUGUCCCUGUCUUCUAGAGUUUCCUCUGCGGAUGCUAUGGCUCGGAGAGAGGGAUCGCUGCUCUUGAUCCCGUCACUUCCUCCUGUUGAGCCUUGGCAGGAGAUUCUUGUGUUUGUUCAAUUGGACCUCAGACAGUUACAGUUCAUAAUAACACCAGGAGUCUCCAUAACUUUUGAACGCAGUUAUUGACAUUGGUCUACAAACUUAUAACUUCAACAUUAAACUGCAUUUAACAGUCACCUCCGAGCACAGUGGUUUGAACCUGUCACACUGUAAAUGAGUAUAACAGACUGUGUUACCCAGCCCUGGUUAUGGGAUUCAUGUGAUCCUGGAUGUAGUCCUAAUGCUCAAGGGCAUGUAAGACUUUCCCAAAAGUUAAUCAAAAUUUCUCAGUCUUUAAAAUUUUUUGGCAUGCAUGGCUCUGGGAACAUCAGCGUUGGGCAGGCAGUUGGUCCACCACUUUGGUCUGAAUAAACCUUUCAAGAUGAAUUGCCAAGUAAUUUAGUAAAGACAUCCAUUUUUCCAAGAAGGUGAACCCCUCUGACUUUGGUGAUCCCAAGACAUGUCCUCCGGUGCCACCAUUAGAUUGAUAUUUGAUAUAUCAUAUAAAAAUACAGCUAGCAUUAUAGCUGUCUCAUCUAGUUCAGAGUUCCUCUGCACAGGAAUGGACACAGGAGUACUUUUAGUCUGGUGUAAAGUUUAAUAUAUAUGGGUCUGUUUAGAAGGUACUUGGUAAUAGGUUUGCGAGAAUUGUUAAAAGAUUAAGAAAUGUAAAAAAUAAAAAAACAGUCCUGUCUUUGAAAUAAGAGAACACCUUAGAGCUUUUUUAAUGUUCAUUAAUAGACUUAAACUCAUAUCAAUGCUUUUCUUUGGUAUACAAAAGCAGAGACGACCAUUACUGAAGAGGUUGACAAAUUACGCACUUUUUAUGCCCCAAAGCGGUGUGAAAGGGUAGGUUUCAGAUUAGCAGCUGAAAAAUCAACAAUUUUUAUCAUUCCUGCAUAAAAUAUUCAUUAUAAAUGGUUUAUCUGACUGUCAAGAGUCAGCAGGAUGAAUUUUUGUCAGAAGACACACCUUAAGUUUGUUACUGCACUUCUAAAAAUCAUGUUAACACAUUAGCCUGACUGAAAUAGCACUAAAUCAAUUUCUCAUAGUCAGACUACCAUACCUGGAUGAUGUGGUUGGGGAUCGAUUUUCCCUGUCAGAUAUACGACUUAGUCAAACUGAAACUGGCUUUAACAUUCUGCGCAUGCCUCAGUGUUCAUAUGCUGGUCUCUGAGCCAGAAGCUGGAUAAGUAAUUGAAAUAGCACAGAGCUGUAAAGGUGAUGGCGCAUUCAUCAUUAAGUGUAUAUCCAGUUAGCCUCUUGCUAAUGGGUUCUGUCAAUAUACUAACCAGGAGACAACCCAAUUGUACUGAAAUGAUGGGGAGCAUGUUGCCACCUACUAUAGCAGAGGUGAACAUGCUUCUGUCAAUAAUUUGAUUCUUUCCUAAUGCAUGUAAACUGGGACAGUAGUCCAGUUAAAUCGCCUAAUCCAGCUUUAACUGUAGCUCCAUUUAACUGUGCAUGUUAACACACUGAGUGUGGAGUGACUUAAACAAGAACACUUAAACAGUAAACUCUGUGGAGCAUUUAACCCGGACCUCUGCCACAAAAUUAUAGUUUUUUACAAAAAAAAUUCUAAACCUGAAACAGUUUUUGUGGUUAUUUCUUGAAGUGUUUUUCUUGAUGUGUCAAUGGACUGAGCUUUGCUUUUUGAUAUUUGGAAUUCAAAGAAGCACAAAAGAUUUUCACUGAGAACAAUAGCUGUAGCCUGUUUAUCUUUACUAUGAAAUCAACACUUCUCUACCUCAACCUCUGCAUUCCUAAAUGUUGGCUCUCUCUGGGCCUUGGAACCACCGGCUAAUAGUUAUUUUUACACCUUCCUGUUAAAAAAACACGACAGUCCCCCCACAAUGAACUAUGAUGCAUUUCCUGCCUAGUGGAUGGAAAACAGUGCCAUGUGUUCACUUCCCUGCCUUGCAAAACACAAGGGUCAGGGCUGGGAAAAAAAUACAGACUAGAUGGUGUUUGUGCACCUAACUCUGUUUGAAUCCAACAGUCCCACCACAAAGAAAUCAUCAGUCUGUCCUUUGUAUUGACUUUAGAGUCCACAUGUAUGAAUGUCCCUGAUUGUAAUGACAGAUAGGGGUAUGCCAGAGACCUCAUGGUGGGUGGAGGGCGUUGAGUUUGAACCUCAGUGAUUAUAUAGCUCCACCUAGAAAACUGAAGGUGGGUGGAGGGCAGGACGAGGGCGAUGCUGCUGCCGCUAGAGCUUCCUGUCUCCCCCGCGUCAUGGACAUGUUUUGUUUCCCUCCAAAAGUUGUGUGGCUGCUCUGUGUUCACUGUACCUUUACUACGAGAUAGGGGCCCUUUGCCAACUGGGAGAAUUGGUUCCCCUGGGAUACUGGUGUGUCUGUAAGUCACAGUGAGCACUCAAGGUACUUCACCAACUUACUGGUACUGCCAUUGUUUUUCUCAGUGAACUGUGACACAAAAUACAUGAACAGGAAGCCCCUGCCUAUGAAUUUAACUGGCACAAGGGUUCCGAUGCAUUUAUUUGAAAUUCAACGGCAUGAAAACGUUCAUUUACAGUUCCUGGAAAUUUCUGUGAGGCACAUACAGUCAUGGUUUUUAAUGUUAAACAAACAUGUUCCCUACUUCUCUGUUUAUAUGCCUUACAACCUGAGGAAUGGUAUAUAACGUAAUAUAUAACACUAUUUGAGCUUAAUUUGACAUGAAAAUUGUUGCAUUCAAAUACCAUAAACUUGGUACACUUUCAUAAGAUUGUAACUCUUUGUGGGAACACCAAGUUGUAAACAGAAAUAAAUGCGUAAGUGCUAAAAACUGCAGUUUCUUGAGCAUCUACCUGAGGCUGGCUGCAGAAGCCAUGCACACCACGUACCCAUUCAAAAAACUUAUCUUUCAGCCUGGUAAUUUUUUUUUUCUGAAUAGCAUUUUCUCUCUUCCCUAAAGAUAUUAAGUUUAUGAGUUUUGCACAAUAAAGGGUGAGGCUGACUUGACUGACAGGUGGGCACCUGGCCACUGGAAGGAGUCUGCUUCAACUCAACCUCUUUGCCUCUUGCAAGGUCAACCAAGAGUUUGGUUAAAUCAGCAUUUCCAAUAUGGUGGCCGCCAUCACUAGACUUCAAACUUUGCUUCAGAAACCGAUGCGUGACAACAUUUACACUAUGUCGGUGUAUUCUAAAGCCGGUGGGGAACACAUGAGUUGUGUUGUGUAAUUACUGACGGUUUCUAAAUGUCAGCUUGUAAACUUGCUUAACCAAGAUAUUGAACAUGGUUAUGAUUGAACAUACCAAACAUCAGUAAGUUGUUCAUGCAGAUAUUCAGCUCAAAGCACCAUCGUGUCAACACAACUUUGAGCAAUCGUUUGCCUGCCUGCUGAUGCCUUAAAAAUCGAAGUACAUAUUUGGGGGGUUAACUUUGCAUAUUUAAUUGUGUCCAGGGUUCACUUGGAAAUGACUCAACCCGUGGAAAAAUGUUAUACUGUUGGCCUACAAACCACUAAAAGAGGCAAAAAAAAUCCCAGAACAACCUCAGGCUAUUGGACUUGGGAUCACAAGGUUAAAAAGAGAAGCUUGAACUUAAGAGGCCCACAGAAAGCUUCAUGUAACUCCAUGAAGAAAGGGAGGCUUGGGGCAGGGGUUUUCAAAGAGGAGCAACCGUUGGCUUGAGGGAAGGAGGGGAUCAGUCAGCUGACUGGCUGGCUGUGUACCGAGGCCUGUGUACAGUCUGUCGUCUACACAUGUGAGCCUGUGGAAUCUGUGGCAUUUUGGUUUCUGUAUUGUCCUCCAGCCUGCACACCCAGGACAAUAGUCCCUCUUUUUUUUGUGUUCACAAAAAGAACCUGGCCUCAAGUCUAUUAUGCAAAAUACAAAGGACAUGGGUCCUGGAGGGGGUAAAGAAAUAUGGCCUGAAGAAAGAUAAGCUGGAUCAAGGGUAAUUGAGAUUAAUGUCCAGUCCUGCAACAGGUUGGCCUUUUGACCCUUUAGAGUGUGUGAAGAAUGUGAAGCAGACCUGAACUUAGGCUGAGAUCAAGGUCAAGUUUAAUCACCUCGGUAUUUCUGAAUCUUUGAUACGAUUUACCAUUGGUAUGGCCGUAUAUCUGUAAAUAGACACAUCAAAUGAUGAUGUUUGAUGGUAUCAUUCGUAUGUGCCUGUUUCUUGUUAUUUAGAGCUGAACUCCCAACACAAAGCUCCCCAGGUCUUUUCAUGGUCCAGCUUUGAAGCAAUUGGAGAAGUAGGUCACUUUGUCUGAUGCUCAGUGUUGAUGAAGAAGCUUGCAUUGUUGCCGGCAGCCAUAAAGAGAGGACACAGUCUUCACACUGAGCUGAAUUCUUUUUUUUUUCUGCAGCCAAGCUUGCCUUGUUUUUUUACCGCCCUGCUGUAACAGAAAGUUUAGGUCCUGCCUGCAGUGCAUAGCUUGCACUUCCUGGGUCAGAGGAGACAGGGGGGAGGGGUGCACAGGAAGGCACUGUUAGGAAGUGGUUACUUUUACUGUAAUCUCUGCAAGUUCUGUGCUAUCUGUCUUCUUUACAAAGCAGACAGAAAUCUGACUGAUUUUCAGUGGCAGCAAGACUACUACUAACAGAUAUUAAUGUUGAUUCCUUGUGUGUCACUAAAAUUUAACUUUGCAGCUUUUUGGCCAGCAAGGACCACUCUGUAUUUUAGAUUAAAAGGGACAAACACAACACGAAAUUCAGAGUAUCAGUGUUAUCAGCUGGUUAAUUAUCCUUUUUCUUGAUUACAUACAUUAAAUAUACUGUAAUAAAACUAAACAUUGGUACCAUGACAUACAUUUUACACAAAUCUCAAUAUAAAAAUGGCUGCCAAUCCAAAUUUAAAGUUUGUAAGUCAUGUCAUUGACUAGAUUGGAGGAGUCCAUUAGUUUUUGAAGUUAGCCCACAGCUGAACUUCAUCUGGUCUUGGCAGUUUAAGAGAUUAGCAUACAUCCUUGUUUCACUGUUAAUGUGAAUUUGAUACACGGACUAUGUUUCAGCUGUUACGUCAUUUUAUAUCCCUUCUUUUUAAAAACCUUUGUGUAAAAGAGACACCAGAAGGUGAGCCCUUUGCUUAAGUCAUUACGCUCUGAUUAGAUUAAAGAGAAUAAAAGGUUAUACAACGUCAAAUUGCCAUGAAAACAUAAGGAUAACAUAAAUUAUUAGGCAAAUUUUAGAAAAAGGUUAAUGUUAGUAAACUUGGAGGAACUUAAAAAAAAAUAGGUUGCAUAUCCCAAAAAAAAAUAUAUAUAAAUAAAUAAAUUCUGUUUAUGUCUUACUUUAAAUCCUGUAAUCUGUGGCACGCUAACGCACAGCAUGUCAUUAGCGCAAGAAACAUCUGUGAGCUGAUGCAGAGAUGAUAAAGCAUACAUAAAUCCAUAAAUAAGAUACCAUAAGCUCAUGGCCUUACAAGGUCCAAAAGGACUAUGGCUGCAAAACUUGAACAGGAGAAAGCAUGUGGGUUAUUAUCAUUUAUGAAAAAAAAAGAAGUAUUUUCAAAGACAGGAAUACAACAGGCUACUUUUUUGAUAGCAUUUGCAUCUGUAGCUAAUUAUUUAUUAACUACUGGUCUUUUAUCAUUGCCAGAAAUUAGGCCCCAUCAAUGAUAGUAAAUUUAGCUUCUGAUUUCAGCAGCUGGCGUACAGCAGCUUCUCUCUUGGGAGAUCCUCUGUCUUGUCUGUGGUUGUGUCUGGCGCUAUAUGUAAAACGUUUGGACCUGCUGUACGUGAGGCCACUUUCACUGAGGCUGCACCUGUCCCUGCAAUUGGGUCCUGUUUGUUUACUUAUCCUGUGACCGUUACUGCAGGCCUCACGCUCCGCUACACAAGAAACAGCAGCUGUGUCAAUCUGAUUGUUUUGAAGUCCAGAAGGAGGAGUCAUUUCAGGCUGUAGCAGCUUGUCUACAUAAUAUCGAUCACGUAUGAUUUCGGGACAAAGGGUUCAUUUGAAGCGUUGGAAGAUGAUAGAGAGUUUGUGGUCUCCUGAAAUGACUGGGAUAACCUUUGGGUAAUGCACUCACCGCUGACAUGUACCUCAUGCAGCAGGCCGUGGUCCACAUUGUAGUAGUUUAUCUUGUGCAAUAAAGGCAAAAUGGUUCAAAAUGCAACUUUAAGGACUUCACAAACAGUUUGAUUCAAAAUGAACUUUAAAUAUGGCCCCUUUGCCUAACACAAACAGAAUUAAAAAAAUUAAGUUCCCAAGUCAAGAUAAGCGAAGCCAAAGCAGUUCUGUGUUGGAAGACUUUUCCACAAGUACGUAAUCUCAACCCUUUUUAAUCCUGUGUUGGAUCAGUGCACUACUUACUUAAUAAACCCUCUCUUUUAAACCAUUAAAGGUCACCUAAUCUGCGCCUGGGAACUUCCCUGGUUGCCUUGAAAGGUCAAUAUAGAUCAUUUAAUAUUUUUAAUACCCUGCAUUUAUAUGAUUGUUUUGCAGUGACAGGUUCACAUAUUUUACCUCUUCAACGUCAUUCAAAAAGUGAGGGCCAUAACAAUCAGUUCAUGAAGAAGUUAAGCAACAAAGAUACACUUUGGCCACCUUGGGUUGAGCUUUCAUAGGCAUAAUGUGUGAAUGAGGCACCUCCUGAAUUAGUUAGGCGGGGAACCUCUUUUGUUCUCUUUGGGCUGAGGUGAGGUCUGUCUGAGACAAGGAUUAUCCCAGGCCAUGCAGAAAAAAGCCAGACCCAGGGCCCAGUCAUGCAGUCCAUGAUCUUUUGUUGGCUCUAAUCAGAGGCGGUGGGCAUUUGCAUAUCACAAGUGAUCUAAGCAAUGUUCAAAGAAGAGCGUUAAACAGAAGUUGGUUUACACACGGUGAAGUCAGUGCAGCACGCAGCUCAGCUCUCUACUAAUGACUCAUAUCCUGUCUUUGGUUACAGAUUGAGAAAUUAUGCAUUAAGAGAAGAAAAAGGAGCAUAAAGGUCACUGGAUCACACGUCAGACUGAGAGUUGCAUUUUGUAGCAACGCACAGAGUGUUAACUGCACCUUAUGUCAUUCCAGUAUGCAUGUGCAGGAUGUCCUCUUACACAGGAAGCCUUGUUUAAAAGCUCAGAGGAAAAGACGGGAGGAGUGUGGUUCGGUGGAGGUGGGUUCUGUUGUGGUGAGGUCUGUCAGUCUGGGCCAGUACGUCUAACCUGACGCUACUCCUCCUCUUUUCCCUGUUCGCACUCCAUCCAACCUGUUUGCAUGUCUCUGUCAGCACCGGCUGAGGAGCUCGUGCUCAGCACUCAGUGAACUCAUUGACCCUACGUCUGCGAGCAAAAACAUCUCUCUCUGUCACCCUCCCCAUUCUCGCUUCGAACUCUGUAACCCCCUCAUGCUUUCUUUCUCUGUACAGCUUCUCGUUUGUGCACAGCUCACUGCCUGAGGAUUCACAGUGCUGCGGUGAUGUAUAGACUGAGGUUGAGCUUGUAGAGGUUCAGUGCCUUCAUGUGAGGACACUCACUCAAAAUAAUACUGAGCCGUUCCCUUCAGUCAUCCAGGGUGUCAUUCGGUUGUGUAGCUUGUAUUCAAAAUGUUUCUCUACCACUUUAAACAGCUCUUUCUCAUAUGAAUCUGUUUAAAGUUUGAUGUAUUGUCUUCAGGAAAGUGCCAGUUUUCUUUCAUUUAAUAAUUAGAAAGUAAAUCACAAUACAAGAAGAGACUAUUUGUCAUAUUAAUAUGACAGACUGAAGUGAUUUUCUGUGCUGAAUGCAUUUGUCACAGACUGAAACAAUCUGUCUAUUGUUUCAAUGUAACUGUCUUUAUCUCCCUGCUGUCUGCAUCCCUGUUGAAUCCUGUGGUUGAAGACAUCUGGCUUUACUAACUGCAGGGAGCUGCUUUUGCAUUCACAUGAGUAUUCGGGGGAAUUCCCUGCUAGUGUGUUACAGUUUGGUCUUUUAUUGUACCCACAAUCCAGCGCAGAAACGGGCCGCAUAUUAGGAAGAUUUUGUUCUUCAGAGAGACCAGACUGUACAUUACGUCUUGUGUCCUUUGUGACCUGCUCCUCAACCAUCGUUGUUUUUCUUCCUGAGAGAAUAACCGCAUGAGACACCACCAUGUCCUUUUUAGGGUUUCAUAACAUAGUAUUAGAGAAAUAGAGUCAAUAAGGACUUAGGUGUAUACAUGUUCACACAAGGACAAAAGUGACCACAUGGACAUAUGUUGGUCAAACCCAAAGUAGUACACUCUGUCCUGUUAAGGAGAGUUUUUCAGUCUUAUGUUACAGUUGAGUAGCUUCAUGACAACAUGCACAAAGAUUGUUGGAUCAUCCAGGAAAUUUGACAUCAGAUCAGAUUUUUCUGAUUUAUAUCCGUCUGGCCCUUUUAUGGUUCUCCGUGUUUUUUUCCCCCUCAGUUUGGUAGAUCAGAGCUGCUGCUGCUGCUGCCUGUGGAAAAUUAGACAGGGCUGCAUAGAUAAAACUUGGUGGAGACACAGGAAACAUAUGAUUACGGACCACAAUAUGAUUACGGACCACAAUGGGGGUUAAAAAAAGCUGAUAUGGCCCAUUGUGAUAAGAAUGCUUUUCCAAGAAGGGGCUUAGUCUGUCAAUCAUGCAUCGCUUGUGAUUAGAGGAAAAAGUACAUCUAAAUAGCAUUAAAGGUUUUCUAUGCAACUAUUUUUCUUUCCGUCAUCAUAUUCAGUAACAGAUACUGUAAUCUGAUUUGGAGUUUUCAAAGAUUACUAAAUACUGUAAAAUACCUGGGACCAUAUAUCUAAUACAUCACUGAGUCAAAGCAACCAACUUCUUUUGCUAAAGAGCUUGAGGUAGAUGUAGAAAAGACUUCGUCAAAAUAUGAGUAUGUGGACGUAAACAUGUUCCCUGCACCCUUACUGGCUUUGGUGGUACAUUCAACAGCCUAAAUCACCACCGCUCAGGCCAGAAAGUAUAAACAUCUACCCUGCAGCAAUACACCAUCUCAUUAAACUCCCUCCCAAAAACAACAUCACUGUAUCUUUUCUCUCAAUAUUUAUCUGCAUAAAGCAGGGAUGUGUGCGCUUAGCUGACUAAACAAUUAAAUGUUGCCACCUGUGCUGGUUAGCACCAGAAUUACCGGUUAGUUUAUCGAGUUAUUGAUAUUCUUAUUGUCAUUGGGACAGGAAGCCACUCACAGCUGAUUGCAUGGCACAGUGUGGACUUAGUUUAAUAACCACCUGGCCAGCGGCAAGAUGUCGUCAACUUACGUGAAAGACCAAAGACUGGUGGUUUACAGCUCUGCUUAUGUUAUCCACACUCUAUGAACCAUUAUGAUAUUGUUGCCAAGAUCCUGUUUAGAUGUGUUAAAUAUGUGUCGUUCCCUGGGGGUUUCUUGACCCCAAAACGAGCUGAUAAGUCAUAAUUUGAAUUACUAUUAAAAUUAUUAAGAAAUAAGUGAAUCUGAAACAUCCUUUAACGUAAACUGAUGUCUACACCGAUAAACAGUAAAGCACAUAACUUUGUAUUUUGGGUGUUAAAAGUCUCAUUCACUGACUCUGUCUUUCUCAGAUAACUUACAGUUGAUUCACUCUUUUUCUGUCCAGAACUCCAUCAGACACAACUUGUCUCUGCACAGCCGCUUUGUGCGCAUUCAGAAUGAAGGAACAGGAAAAAGCUCCUGGUGGAUGCUAAAUCCAGAGGGUGGGAAAAAUGGAAAGUCACCUCGGCGCAGGGCCGCCUCUAUGGAUAACAACAGUAAGUUGGCCAAGAGUAGAGGAAGGGCCACGAAGAAAAAGGUACACUCCCCAUUUUAUAAACAAUAUUACUCUUCAUAUUUUUGAAAAUUACAUAUUGUAUGAUAAUUUUUCUCAUGAUGUAGUCAAAUGAAGGUUACAACUGUUAAGAAAAAUGUCCUUUUUUUGUCUGUUGAGAGGUAAUAAUGCAUUAGACAGAAAUGUCCAUCGAAGAAAAUGAAGCUUCAGCAAGCAGCUGGCUAGCCUAGCCAAGUACAAGGUCCAGAAUCAGGGGUGAAAGCUAGUCUCAUUGAGUCCAAAGUUGAACAUUUGGCCAAAUAAAGGUUGCCUCUGUGUGUUUUGUAUUUUUUUUUAAGUUAAAAUUUGAAGAAAAAAAAAGAAAGAAAGUGUUUGCAAUUAUUAGGAUUCUUCAUGUAACAUCAUUUGUAACAUCAUUUUUACGCUGACUGUGUAAGCUGUUAAUCUGUUUUCAUUCUCAGACGGCUCUACAUGAAGGGAUUGAGGGAGGAGCUGGUAGUCCUGGCUCCCAGUACUCCAACUGGAUGGGGAGCCCAAACUCCCAGAGCAACGAGGACUUUGAAGCCUGGAGCUCGUUCAGGACGCGGACCAGCUCUGACGCCAGCACCCUGAGUGGUCGCCAUUCACCUUUCCCCUCUGAACAAGAUGACCUGGUGGAGUCUGAUGGCCACAUGAUGUAUCCCGGAGUGGUGGGGACCAAGAUAACCUCCCCCCUGCCGAGCCUGUCUGAGAUUGCUGGACCUGUGGGCCAACAUGGCCAAGAGGUGGUUAUGGAGAGUCUGAUGGAUAACUUAAACCUGCUAUUUCCAAAACCUUCCCAGCUGGGCCCUGACUCUUCACAUUCCCCUCAUGCUGCCAUGCUUCAGAGUGGCUCCUACAGCUCCCCUGCUUUGACCCCACACCAACAGCAGGACUACCGCAAAUGCAUGUACAGCCCAGUGAGGAUGAACUCCCUGUCCCCUGCUUCCAUGCAGACACUUCCAGAAACCAAGCCAGACUUUGGGGCUUAUGACAGCCAGUAUAUCUGCCCUGCCGGUCUCCUCAAAGAGCUGUUAACCUCAGAUGCAGACACCAGUAGGGAGGUGAUAGCCUCCAGGGAAACACAGAUGGCUCAGGUUGGGAGGGGAGGUGGUCUAAUGCCAGCUUAUAGCAACCAAGGCCACAUUGGGGGUCAUAACAGGGUUAAAAUGAUGAAUUCUCUACAAAGUCACCCAAUGAAUCCACAAGUUAUACUUAGCCAAGGUCCUUCAACCCCCCGAGACUUGAAUAGCUGCAACAUGAUCCCCCUGACUAGUCGGACUAGUCUUUCAGGGGCCUCUCCUCGGAUGACCAGCCUGAGGACAUGUAUGCAACCACCCCGCGGACACUCAGCACACACUAAUGAUGUUUCAGGAGGCAGCUUCAGGGCCCUGAACUCAGUUCAUCACCACCACAGCCAUCAGGAGCGGUUGCCGAGUGACCUGGACAACAUGUCCAUUGAGAGGUUUGAAUGUGACAUGGAGACCGUCCUACAUGAUACCCUCAUGGAUGGCGGGGCACUUGACUUCAACUUUGACCCUGCAGCUGGGUCUCAUGGGUUCCCCCAGAGGGUAAAGACCACCACUCAUAGCUGGGUGUCAGGCUAGGACAACAAACAGGUGAGACUGACAACAGUAUAUCAAAACUGUAUCUUAAAAUGGUGGUUAUAGAGUGUGUCUAAUCACUGACAUUUUCUCUCUUUCCAUACAGGAUUGUCUCUUUGUUCGUGAGGUGAAUCAUCUUUGACAGCUCUGCAGAGAGGAGGUCAAUGAGACAUACACCUGAACCAACUGGCCUUGUUAAAAACUGCCAGUCAAAAGCCGUGGAUAUGCACUUAUUUGAUAACUCUUUUGAUGACACACAGCCUCAAAUGAAUUUGCAGUAUAUUGUCAUUCAAAAGACAGAAAUCUGUAUCAAAAUGCAAAACACAGAGGUCAAAGUUUUUUACCAAAAUAUUGGAUUUGUUGCUUGUCCUACACCGAGCAAACUAACUCUUGUUCAGGACUGAAUUUUGAAGAGAUUUUAAUAUGCUAACUUAAACCUCAAACUGCUCUGAGCAUGAUUAAUACUGAUUAAAAUUUUUAUUCCUGACUUGAAACAAUUCAGUUUUGAAGUAAUAAGAGAGAGUUAAGUGUAGCUGUGACAAGAAUUUAGUGUGUACAAUGAGGGUGAAGUUUAAGACAACAACAAAUGUUUACAUUUUCUUUAACUGGGGGAGAUCAGUAGGUCUGUGUCCUAGAUAAAGCAGUGUAUAAUCUGCGUAGCAGCACAGCUUGACUCUGAUAGAGUAGAACAUUUAGAAAAGUGGGAAAUCCAGAGAAAUGAUCAUCUCUGUUCAAGUCCAUCAAUAGACGUCUUUACCUCAACGGGUAGCAGGUUUUGAAAUGGGCACCGGUAAAUGUCUACAAACUCUUUAAGAGAGGGUAUUAUGCUUUUUAUGGGCUUUAUACUCUGAUAGCUUCUCAGUAGCUUUAAAUAAUUCACACUUCAACAAAUUAUGAACAUAUUUCGCCCCCGCCAGCAUUCCAGAACCCUGCAUUCUGGAAGCCUCCUUCACUGCUGCCCUGCGACGUAGCUGUUUCCUUUUGUUAAAUGACAGAUUUGCCCUUUUAAGGAGAUACACUGUCUGGUGAUGUUAUGAUUAUAGCAAAUAUGUUGAUCUCACUGAAUUCUCAUGUGGCUUUUUGAACAUUCAGAGCACCCUGUGGUCCCAUCUGGGGAUUACUUAAACAAACAUUAUCCUUGCAAUCUGAAACUUUGCUCAUGUAUAGAACUGAUGUCCCCCUUUUAAUGUAACAGUUGUUUUCAUUAUAUGAAAAUAGCGUAAUACCACCUCUUCAGAGUGCCUCUUCAGGUCACCUUAGCGCUUAAGUUGAAUUUCAGAAUUUAUUUAAGGAGACUUUGGGAUGAACUUCAUCUUUAGCUGAAAUGAAGGAGUCAUUUAUUCACAGUAAAAGGGUUUUAAUUUAUCUUUCAUUCAGGUAAUAGAUGUUAGAUUUGUGCCUUUGUACAUUGUUCGUUUGCUUUGCACAGUAUAACCAUACUGUAAAUAAUACACACACAAAGCUAAAAAGUAGUUCAUCAAAAGUCCAAAGCAGUCCAAUUUAUGUGUAUUCUGUCUAAUCAGAUGUCUGCGUUCUAAAGCCGCUGGGAGAACUUUUGAUUUGUGUUCAUUUUGGUGCCCCCUUCUGGGCAAAGAUGUACUGUACAUCCUAUCACUUUGCUGAUGUUGUCCCGUACAUUUGUAAGGUGUUAUUUCAUGACAAAACUCUCAUCCUGCUUUUUUGAUGGUUUAACGAGUCACUUAUUGUGAAUAUUUGCUGCAGAAAAUUUACCAUUUCAUAGACAGACCAUUCAUCAAAAUUGUCGGUCUUGUUUCAGGUGAUCUUGUUUGCUUCCGUAGGUCAUUAAAAAUGCAUCAGUAUAAAAGUCAGUGUGUUUCACAACCAGUUAAAAACAACUCCUUGUAGCCUUAGAUUUCAACACCAUAUAGAGUGUUUACUGAUGUAGCUCAAGGCAAGGACUGAAUUGAUGCCUUUUACAUGGGCUGUUAAAUAAACUGGAAAAAAACAACUAGCGGCAAGGUUAAAAUUAAAGGGAAAUGUCAUAAUUUUCACUGGACUCAAGUUGUGUAAAACAGUGGGCGUAGCUGUAAGUGGAGAGGCUGAUAAUAAAGUGGUCUUGCAGUUCAGCUCAGACAGCGCACUGUCAAAGGUUUUCAUACAUUAGAAGAAGUGUGCUGAUUCGCUGUGCCUACUUUGUCUCAAUGUUGUACAUAGAGUAUUCUUUUAGUUCAUUUUAUACAUGAAUGAUUCACAUGGCCUGUAAAGGUUAAACUAUGUGAUUGUGUUAGAAAAGGUUGUUUACAUACCUGUCUGAACUAAGUCAAUAUAAACAGUAUAUAAACACUCAUACCUCGAAAAGAUUUACCUCUCAAGAUUUGAAGGGAUACUUUCCUCUUAUUUUGGUGACUUAUUAUAACAUUUGUCCUCAUUAAGGGUGUAUCAAGUUUUGUACAUAUUUUUGUCUCUUUUUUUGUACAAGUAUUUGAAAAAUUCUUGGAUCUGUUCAGUGUUUGCUGUGUUUCCUUUUCUUUAUUUUUUAUGAAAAAGCAUACAGCCAAUAGUUUAUUAAGUAAAUAUUUUGUCAAUAUGUUAAAUUAAGGCUGAAUUUUGUGAUAUGAUACAUUUUAAAAGGUUUCUUGUUGUCAUUACUUCAUAUAAAACUCAAGGGAAGGAAUUCAGUCAACUGAGUUUGUCUAUAUUGCAGAAGGAGACAUAAAAUUGUUAAAGCUUGUUUUUAACGAUUAUGUGUCAGAGCUCAAGUAAGAUUUCUUCAACCUCGAAAAAAUGCUCACAUCUCUUGCAUUUCAUGUUGUAAGAAGACAAUAAAUUGUACCUUUGAUGUUAUUUUUUGCAAUACACGGAUGUUUUUCAAUGACAUUGUGAUUCAGUCUUGUUUUGUCUUUGUGGACUCAAGGUAUUUUUGAAGAAUGCAUAUUUUCUACAUAAUAAAUCCAAUGCAUACAUCACCAUGUUAAAUUGCAAUUAAAGAGAUGAUCUGUAACCUAA